CUCCUGACCUCAGGUGAUCUGCUUGCCUGGGCCUCCCAAAGCACUGGGAUUACAGGUGUGAGCCCCUGCACCUGGCCUGCUUUUCACAGCUUUUCACAGAUACUUUACAAGAGAAGGUGUACAAAUGGUAAAUAAGGACAUGAAAAGAUGGUCAGCAUUGUUAGUUAUUAGGGAAUGCAAAUUAAGACUGUAAUCGCCCAACAGGGUUCUUCUUGCUGCCCAGAAAGGCAACGUGCCGAGAACGGCAGGUGUGGCAGCAGAGAAGGAGUUCAAUGACUGCAGAGCCAGCCAAGGGAGGUAGACGGGAGAUAACUCUCAUAUCUGUCUGCCUGAGAAUCCAGAGGCGAGGGCUUGAGGGUGUUUUGGCGGGCAGUGGCCUGAGGAGUGGUGAGUGCUGAUUGGCUGUGUUGGGGAUGCAGUCAUGGGGAUGUCAGGACUGUCUGCAUGCAGCUGAGUCAGUUCCUGGGAGAUGGGGUCACAGGUCCAGGUGGCAUCUCUCCAUCUGCUGAAAUGCUAAAUCUGAAAAAUAUCUCAAAGACCAGUUUUUUAGGUUUUGCAGCAGUGAUGUCUGCAGGAGCCGUUAGGGAAGUUCCGAAUCUCACAAUGUCUGGUUACGUGACUCCGGGCAGCAGGCACUGUAGAAGAGCAAGCUAAGUCAGCAAGGAAGGUCGUGGCUUAACCGGGCCUGUUCUUUAGCAAAGUUCAGGCCCCUGUAGUAAUGCCGGUCUUAGGAAUGCGGCCUUAAUCUCCAAACAGAGAGGGAGUGUCAGUUUUCCUUGCCUUGAAGCUUAACUAUAAACUAAAUUCCUCUCAUAGUUAUCUUGGCCUCUGCAUUAGAAUAAGCAAAAAAAUAAAAAAUAAAAAAAUAAAGAAUUGCUCCUAUGAGGUUAGAAGCAAGAUGGAGUCAGUAAUGUAGAUUUCUCUCAGUACUUAAAAUUCUGUAAAGGUGGUUUCAAGACCGCAGUGAAAUACCACUGUGUACCCAAUAGAGUGGCUAAAAUUAAGCAAAUUGACCAUCCUGACUGCUGGCAGAGAUGCUGAGCAGCCAGGCCUGUCAAACGUUGUCCCUGGGAGUAGGAAGUGGUGCGGCCACUUUGGAAGUGGUUUGGUAGCUUUGUACACACUCAUGGUAUGACCCGGCAGUUCCAUUCCUUGGUAUUUAACCCAAGAGAAACCCAAGAGAAAAUGCGACCUCACGAAGAUUUGUACAGGAAUGUUUGUAAGAGCCUUAUUCUAACAGUCCGGGAGCAGGAACAACUCAGGUGCCUGUCAGCAGGUGAAGGGAUGUGUGGACCGUGGCGUCUUCACGCAGUGUAACGCGCGACAUCGGCUGUGCUGAACGAAUCUCUCUUGCUGAGUGAAGGAAGCCACAGUUACUGAGUUUAUACUUACUAUACCAUCCCAUUUAUUUGAACUUUUAAAAAAGGUAAAACUGAGCAACAGUGACAAAAAGCAGGUCAGUGAUCCCUGGAGUCUCGUGCUGGGAUAUGUUUGGGGCCUUAUGGGGUGCUACCUUUUGACGUGAUGGAGGUGACAGCCGCACAGGUGUACAUGCAGCAAAGCUCUUGACACUGCUGUUGUGAAACGGUUCACGUGUGUGAUUAUACCUCACUCAAGCUGGCCUGUCAACAGCAAGCGGUCCGCUGUUCGGAUUAGCUGUGAGGGGAAGGAAAAUUCCUUAGUGGCGACUUGGACUGAAUUGGAGAGUGGCCUGGGGGUGCUAUUUAAAGCCAGCCUUCAUUUGGGGAGGGACCCAUCCCCUGAGUUUAUGGAAGGCCUAAGACAAUGGCUGCCUGGACCUCCUGGGUCUUUGGCACAUCACACGAGUGCUUUGAGGAGUGGCAGCACGUGGGGUCAGGUGUAGGCUGCAGGGGGUCAAGGAGUUUCACAUUUGAUUAAAAGCAGAACAAGCUACGUGAAUGCAAACGAAUGGAAUGAAAAGUGGAACGUGGUCUUCCUUUCCUUCCCUCCCUGGUGACCUCUCUCAGGGCUGGGUGCCCCGUGUCACAGCUUCCUGGCCAUCACUCAGGGCUGGGUGCCCCGUGUCACAGCUUCCUGGCCAUCAUCACCUGUGUUCUCAUUACUCCUGGGGGAUUGUUCCAGAACAGAACUGACUGCCCUAGAGGCGGGCGGCAGGGCAUGCUGUGCUUGGCCCCAGUUCGUCUUUCUAGGCAAUGCCUGAUGAGUUUCUUGUGUGUUGUUCUGGAAAUGUGUGUGCAUACAAGCUCUUUAUGUACUCCCAUCACCUUUUAAAAUUGGGGCUCCUUCCACAGUUUUAUUCUGCAACUGUUUUCACUCAGUUUUUGACAGUUUUUUGGUGCCAGCACAGGCUGGUUUGCUGAACUACUUUAAAGAGUGCAGACAGACUCAGACUCCAGCAGCCCCUGUUGAUGGACACUUAGGGGGUUUCCAGCUUUUCCCCCCAAUUAGCCAUGCUAUGCUGGAUGGGUAAAUUCUUAAAAGCAGAAUUUUUAGUUUAAAAGAGAUGUGCAUUUGAGACUCAUAGCUGGUGCCAUACUGCCCUCCCGGAAAGCAUGACUGCUGUGCGCUCCCGUCACGGCGUGUGACUGCCGUCACCUAAUUGGGGUGGUGUGCUUUCAACGUUUCUAGAGAUUCACCUCGAAGUCACAGUACGGUGAGGAGAGCAGGCAUCUUCAAAGGCUUGGCUUUUCAGAAAUGUCAUUUGGCAGCUCCCGCUGAGGGGGACCCUAUGAAACAGGAAGGGGGUGGGUGUCAAGUCCUGCAGCCGAGCCGCCACAUUAGGGAGGAAAUCAUUUGCUCCUGGCCGAGAUGCCGCUGUUUUUGGCUCCUUGCCCGUCCCGUUGUGCCUGAAUCUGGCCUCGUUUCCCACCCCGCCGGCUGGGCAUUGUACCUGUCAGCAGGGCCAGGCCUGAGGGGGGCUGAGGAGGGCUGAGAGGAGGCUGGACUGGGGAGGUGGAAGGCGGGCAUUGCCAGCUCAGAGGCCUGGCAGCGUUGCCCACCUGGAACUGCUGACCCAUCCUCUGGAGUCAAAGCCGGGCACCUGUCCGUGCUGACCUGGACAUUUUCCCAAAAACAUUUGUAGACUGGCCAGAUGACACGUCUCAGGGCUCAGCUUCCCUGAUGUGUGAGGCCAAUUAGGAGGACAGUGAAGGGAUGCGUGAUUUUCCUCCAAGGAAGGGUCUAAUUGACCAGCCCGGACACUUUUAUUAUCCUAGUUACCACGCGCGUGAUUUGUAAUUACCCGGCUGUUGCGUUGAUCAAUACCAGACGCCCUGGUAGUGCUUGGGAAGGUGGUGGGUGACUGUCAGGUAUGUUGGUCCCUUUUAAUUGGCGCCGAUUUGAUUUUCUUCGGGGCAUGGGAGGAGGAGGGGAGAAGCGUUUGGACUUCUGGGUACUUGUGUGAGUGCAGUCCUUUCUUCUGGGCCUGCAUGCCAGAUGCCUUGGGGUCUGGGCCGCGUUACCCCUUUUGGUUUGUUCAUUUGUUCACUCAUUUGUUCACUAUGAGCUGCUCUCGUGGAGCCCAUAAUCUGGAGGGAGAGGGAUGCCCCAGGCCUGUGCGUCUGGUGUGCAGGUCCCGGGCCCCUGGAGCUGGAGAGUGGCGAGCGUGCUUCCCUCCAGAGGUGCAGGCCAGGGUGGGGCAUGGGCCAGGUUCCCAGCUGCAUCUGAGCACGGUGCCUGCCAUCUCUCCUCCUCUCAGCCCCACCUCCUCCUGUGGCUGAGUCCUGGCCGCUUUCUGCCUUGGGGUUGUGUUGGUCUUCCGUCAACUCUUCCUCUUAAUCCUGAGCUUUGUGAGUUAAGAGCCAGGGUGUCCCUUUAGCGCCCCUGUGCCGGGCGUGCAGUAGGCGCGUGCUGAGCCUUUGAAGAGUGGAGGACUGAGUGAGGGCGUCUCUGUGCCUUGCAGUUGGUGGUGAUGUAUGGGCUGAGCCCCCAGCGCUCUUGGCUGCUGUGACAGGCCCCCCCUGGGGCUACUCGAGCUGCACUACCCCAGCGAGACCCCCAAAGCAAGGCCAGCAGAGAGCUUCCUGACAGCUGCCUCACUUUGGAGACAGCCCUGGCUGGGGUGCAGCCUGUGUGCCUCUCCGAUGGGUGUUCCCAGCAGCGCCGACAGGCUCACGCUGCCCUGUUGGACUUCAUUCCAGGUUGGGUCGGGCUGGCUGGAGACUGUCAGAGUCUGGGGGCGGUGCUGUGGGUGUUGGAACCCCACAGGGAGAGGCGAGAGAAGUGCUUCCCCGAAGAGACCGCGGGGCUCCACGCCGGCAUGUGCCUGGCUGCACAGACAGCUGAGUGCUCCGCUGCGUGUCUGGGUGGAAACGCUCUGGGUCUCACCUGGUCUCGGAGCACUUUUUGGGGCUUUUCUCCAAGCUUUGUAGUUACGGCUCUUUUACUUCUAGGCCUCUUUUUAAAUUGAUUUUAAAAAGUCUAAGGCCAGAUAGUGACAGGCUUUAGACAAGUCUGGCUACCGUAGGUUCCAGGAUUUAUUUCAGAGGAGGCAGUGGCAUCCCCGGUGGUAUCUAGGCUGGUUUUUACUCAUGGGUGCUUACUGGGGUCCUGUUAUGUGCUGGCCUCUCCUUGUGGGCUGAGGGCUCCCAAGGUGUCCAGGUCCCUACUUUUACAGGUAGAGUAGGGGGUGCCCUGGCCUGGAAUGGAGGAAGGGUCUGGGCAGCUUUGUGACAGGGCUGGUAGGAGGGGGAUUUUGACAGGCGGCUUGAAGCCAGCACCAGCCAAGGGCCAGAGGCAGAGAAGCUGAAGGCCUCCCCUGGGCAGCCCACCACUGCCUGCGCUUCUCUCCGAGGACUUCCCAACAGUGCCAUGGCCUUCGGAGGGCUGGGGUCUCAGGCAGGCUACGGGCAGCUACACAGCUCCCUACCCGACACUCUUCAACGUCAGCUUUGGGGCUGUGAGGUGUGACCUCUACAGGAUCACCUGCGGUCACUCCCUGCGGCCAGCUGUAGCUGUCAUUUGUGUCAGGAGCUGCUGGUCUUGCCUGCACCACCCACCUUCCCACCCUUCACCCACCCUGCAUGGCCUGGGUUCUUGGGAGGAACAGGAGAUCCUGAGCUGUUGAAUUCCUGAAACCCGUGGUCAGGCGGCAUCCGUAUCCCGCUCCUCCCAGCCCCUGCACGCUUCUCAGUGGUGUGGCCUCCUGGACACAGGUGCCCUGACUCUGCUGGAGAGGCGGGAGGGGUGGCUGGGCCGAGGAAUGGACCAGCCUUUUCACGCUCAGUGGCUGCGGGGGCCGUGUGCAUGAAGCAGGUGGUCCUCGCGGUAGCGCCGUUUGUGCAGAGCCGUGUGGGGGAGCGGGCUUGUGUUAACAGAAGUGCUGUGAGAUGAUCACUUCAUCAUGAGCCAGUCAGCACCAGCCUGUGGGGCGGCUGAUGUGGACUCAGUGAUCUGACUUUCGUGGUUUUUGUUUGAUGAUGUUUCCACUGUUACCCAGGUGCAGAGCUCUGACCUCCCAUGGUCGGAAGUACCGUGCGCGUGUCUCAUCUGGACAGCAUGCAGAGACCUUUGCCGGCAGCUGUGUGUGGACCCUGGGACUCUGUUACAUGGCUGGGUGCUGAGGGGCGGGGGUCCAAGCCAGGCCAGCAAGCCUUCCUUAGACCCCCUGUGUGCAGGCCUGGUGCCCGGUGUCGGGGACCCAGUGGAGAACAAGAUCAGGCUGUUGCCAUGAGACUUUCGUCUGGUGGGGAGUCCUGAGAAGGACGUGGAUGAGGUGGGGAAGAGGUUCCAGGUGAACGCAGGUGUCCACCCCGCAUUCCAGGGUGGCAGGUGGCCCGGGGCGGGUGUGGAGUGGUUGGGUGGGCGCCCCGCGUGCUGUGUUAGUGUAGGGUGGUGCACACCUGGCCGGCAGGCCUUGCUUCCGCUCUUCACCCUCCACCCGUCGAGGGCGCGCCCUGGGAGGGGGUGGAGGAUGGUGGGCAUGCGUGGGAAGGGCUCUGAGAUCCUUGGCCUCAUGGAGAGCGUUGGGCAGUUACCUGUCCCCUGCCCUUGGGCCUUUGUGCGUGUGGCUUCCUGGAACUCUGGGGGAUUUGUCCCUGGUGACUGCAGGGGGCUCUCCUGUCCCUUUUAUUCAAGCUCCACUGUCUGCCCUAAGCUGGGGACUGGUCCAGCUGACCUGGACAGUACGGCACGUGGGCCCUGCCGGCCAGCGUGGUGUUGGGAAGCACGUGGGUGGGUGGUGGGUUGGGUUGUGGCCUCACCGCAGAGCCUGGGCUGCCGCUGAGAAAGCCGUCUCCUGGGACCAGGACUCUGGGCUUGAGAGGCUGGUGGUCUUGGCCCAGCAGUUCAGCGGCUGCCCGGUGUGUCUGCCUGGCCUGGCCCUCGUCUGGUUGCUGCUGCCUGGGAGGCACUCCUGCCCUUGCCCAGGCGGGGCACUGCGGGGGCGAGGAUGCGGCGUGGAAGACUGCUGAUUCAGGAAUCGAAACUCCAGGGGCAUCCGUGUAGCAGAGUGAUUCUAAGAUGAUUAAGAAAACCAUCGAUGAUGUAAAGAAAGUGUUCACUGCAGUGCUUAUUGAGUGGUUUGCCACGUGCAGGGCAUGUGGGGGUGGCGCACCGGGCUGCAGACAUCCUUCAUGACAGCAGGCAGGGGACCUCCUAGGAGUCUUGGCUGUGACAAGUGAGGUGUGAGGGCUAGAGAGGUGAACGUGUGGAAUCUGUGACCUAGAAGUAGCACACUCCUUUCUUGGAAAGCAGUUAGGUAUUCCAUUCCUUAGUCCAUAUGCCGUCGUUUAAAACGGCCAAAACCAGAGGCCUAGAGAAUGUACCUGGAAGAUGCAGUGAGACCAUUUCUGAUCAUUGUGGCCUUUCCGGGGCUCAGUCUCCUCGCUUUGGAAAGGCCAUUUUGGCAGAGGUCUACUGUGAGGCAUCUCCCUGCAGGUGGAAUUUCCGGGGCUCAGUCUCCUCGCUUUGGAAAGGCCGUUUUGGCAGAGGUCUGCUGUGAGGCAUCUCCCUGCAGGUGGAAUUGGGGUUGCGCGUCUUUCUCAGGCUGGCAUCACGCAGGCCCCAGUGCACUCUGGCAAGGCUGGGAGGACUGUGACGGGGGGACCCGCUGCCUGCCCUCAGCCUGUUGGGCCCCACAGUGCGUCUCUCUGCGGACUGGUCGCCGGCUUCCUGUGGCCUGUGUAUCCUCCGUGUGGCUGGAGCUUUGGAACCCUGUUUGGUAGCUCGGAGCUCAUGAGCCCAAAGGGCAGGGGCCUGGUUCCUCGCCCAUCCUUGCCCAGCCUGAUGGCCCGUGCCUGUGGACUGUAUGUGGGCACCUGCUUUAACCCCUGCAGGAGUAGGGGCCACCAGGAGCAUGUGGCUCUGGGCCUCCCUGGUAGAGUCACUCACUGGCAGGAGAACUGCGUGGGACCCACCAGGCAGUGUCUGUCUCAUGGACGCCCGUGGACCUGCAGCCUGGAGAGGGGGCCUGAAGUGUGUGUUCCGCGCUCUUGACCCCCAGGAAGCACUGGCCUCUGUUGAAAGCCUCCUGCCGCAGAGCGCUGUUGCUCUCCCGGAUGGACGGCCGUGUGGGCUCCUUGCUCCAGCGAUGCCAGUGCUCCGGCUGCUGUGUGUGGGUGGCUCCCCUUUGUCUCAGCCCUGGGCUUAGAGCAGGCCAGGUGCUCAGGCAGUGCUUUCGUUGCUUGAAGGGGGGUGCGUACCUGGCUGCAACCUGUGGAGAGUGUGAAUGGCUGGCAGAAGCCAAGGCGGGCUCUUGGGACAUGAGAGCAGGCGGCCGGCCUGGAAGCUUCCGUGGGGCUGGUCAGCUCCGGCUAGCUCUUCCUGGCACAGAUCCACGCUGGGCUGGGUGCCAUGGCUCACACCUGUAAUCCCAGCACUUUGGGAGUCUGAGGUGGGAGGAUCGCUUGAGCCUGAGAGUUCAAGACCAGCCUGGGCAACACUGUGAGACCCCAUCUCUAUUUUAAAAAAUAAAAAUAUAAAGAUGGGAUCAUGGCACAGGGGCAGCACAAGUUCCAGGCGCACAAGCCCGCAAAGAGCAAGACAGCAGCGGCGGCCUCUGAAAAGAAUCGGGGCCCAAGAAAAGGCCGUUGUGUUAUUGCUCCCAAGAAGGCGCGCGGUGUGCAGCAGCAAAAGCUCAAGAAGAACCUAGAAGUCGGGAUCCAGAAGAAGAUCGAACAUGACGUGGUGAUGAAAGCCAGCAGCAGCCAGCCCGAGAAGCUGGCACUGCUGAAGAAUGGGGCGGCUGCCGCCACCUCCUCCCAGACACCUUCCUGGGGACGCUGGCCCCAGCGCAGGCCAACACCCCACCCCCUACCUCCAUAUGGGAUCUUACAAGUGAUCCCACAGGCUGCACUGUCAGGAAGAGGACCCGUCCCCCAGCACUGGGCUUCAUCUAGAACUUGAGUGGGGGCCAAGGGUGCUGAGAACCCAGCAGUGACCAGGAAGAUACAGUCACCAGCUUCAUCUGUCCCCGUGCCCCUUCCCAGGUCCUGCCUCCACAGGUUUAACCCAGAACAAUAAACCUGGCUUUGUCCUAAAAAAAAAAUA